UCUUGCGUCAUCGUUCCGCGCCACGUGCAAUGCAAAUGUGGAGGACAUCGUCAAUCAAGCAUGGGAAACCUUGGAGGUUUAUUUCUUUUUCUCGCGCCACUAAUCUGGUGUCAUGUUUGGGGUGUUGCAGGUCACUCUCUGCCCGCCUGCCACGAGCAGCUGGAGUUCAGGUGCAGCGAUGGCUUGUGCAUCCCGAGAUCGGAGGUGUGUGACGGACACACAGACUGUAAAGACGGAUCAGAUGAACACCACUGCGGUCACCUGUGGUGUAAAAAAGAUGAAUUUGCCUGCUGCAACGGACGGUGCAUAUCUUCACGUUUCCUUUGCAAUGGCGUGGACGACUGUGAAGACGGGAGUGACGAGGCCUUCUGCCAGAACUGCACCACCCCUGGCUCCUUUUCUUGCAAGCCAUCUGACACCUGCAACCCGCAGACGUCUCCCAAGUGUACGUCUUCUGAGUUUCAGUGUGGAGAUGGGCAUUGUAUUCGCCAGAACUGGAGGUGUGACAACUCACCAGACUGCUCUGAUGGCAGCGACGAGGACAACUGUGAUCAGAACGAGUGUGAGGUCAAUAAUGGAGGCUGCUCUCAUCAAUGUGUGGACCAGAAGAUGGGAUUCCAUUGUGACUGCCCUGGCAACAUGAGGCUGGUCGGGGACAGCCACUGUGAGGAGGUGGACACGUGCCUGGAGAACGAUGUGUGUGAUCAGCUGUGUGUUCACAUAAACGGCAGCCUCGCCUGUGACUGCCACGAGGACUACCAGAUGAAUCCAACAACCAGAGAGUGCAAGGCCAAAGGGAACGUGGCUCAGCUUUUUUUCACCUCUUCUAAAGGAAUGUGUUGGACAAGCAUCGCUGGCACCGAGUACAGGGAACUGGCUGCACAUUUACAAGGACCAGGCCCAGUGGCCGCCUUGGCCUCUAACCGAACACUGUACUGGGCCCGGCAAGGAAAAGGCUCCAUAUACAGGAUCUCCAUGGAUGGAAAGCUGCAGGAUUCAGUGUUGGUGCUGAAAGUUCAAGGUUCAGUGUCAGGCCUGGCUGUGGACUGGGUCCACCAUCUCCUCUACUGGACCAGUAUGGAGAGCGGUUCUGUUAAUGUUGGCCUGCUAGACGGUUCGGCUCAGCGUCGACUUAUCGCCAGACUGGACAAACCUUCUGCAGUGGCUCUGGAUCCUCUCCAAGGGCUGCUUUUCUGGGCUCAGUCUGGCCGCCCCCCAAAGAUUGAGAGAGCCAAGUUGGACGGUCGGGACAGAAUGGCUCUGGUCACUUCCUUAAUACUCUACCCUGUCGCUCUCUCUCUGGAUAUGCCUCGUCAGCGCUGCUGUACGGUAGACCAGGAUUGAGAAGCUACUCCAGAGUAAAUCUAGACGGCCGUGACCGUAAGACAGUGGUAGAGUCUAACGGCUAUUUGGAUCGGCCUUUUGGACUGGCUGUUGUUUGAGGGUUUUGUAUAUUGGAGUGAAGAAGUGACACGCUCCAUCUGCCGAGCCAACAAACACAACGGUGGUGACCACCAAGUACUGCUGUCAAACGUCACCUCACCGGGUGGUGUGGUCAUCAUCCAACCUGCUCUCCAACCAAACGGUCCAUCUGAAUGUGGGCAUACCGGGACGCUGUGUAAUCACGAGUGCACUGUUGACCUGCUGUCUGAGAGUCCAGAGUUCAGCUGCACUCCUCCAGAAAAACGACAAAACACACCUCAAGAAAUUCCUGCCAUUUCUCGCACCGUUCCUACAUCAACUUUAUCUGACCCGACAUCUGCUGGAAUCCUCUCUGUUAUCAUGUUUCUUAGUGUGCUGCUGGUGGGAAUGGCUCUGUGGUGGUGGAGAGAGGAGUUCAGACCAUCCAGGUCUCUCACUGAGCAGAGCAUCUCCCUCAAAGAGUCCCAGGACCCGCUCAUCAUCCAGGGCCCGCACAUGGCUCCAAAGUGUCUCGUGAAGGCAAGAGAAGAAACUUUGUUUAAGCUGGACUUGGACGGUGAAUGAAGACGGUGCAACACAGAUGGCCAGCUGCCUGGUGCUGUCUCAAUCCCCGCAGUGACCUCAAGGCUGACAGACGACAACAAACCUGUCGUCUUGUCUCAACUCCGUGUGCAUUUUAAGAGAAAUGACCCGGUGGUAAAUAUCAGAGUUUAGAUGAGUAGAAACUUUGGAGCAGUAACUUUUGUUCUGCAGAAGUGUUACUUUCAGCUCUUGUGGCUCCAGAAUAACUCUUUAAUGAUGAUUAUGAUGUUUGCUUAUAUUCUAUAGAACAAGCCUACAUCGAUUUUUCUGUGCUUUGAAUAUCAGCACAGAUGAACUUGUACAUUUUGCCUUACUUUUCAAACCCUUAAUAUAAAGCAUUUUCCUCAGUGAUUUACCAGUUAUGUUACAACUGUAGCUCAGUGGAAAUGUGAUCUGUUUAGAUUAUAGCUGAAACAAUUAGUUCAUUAAUCGCUUAGUUCUAAAGAAAAUGAAUGAGCGGCUAUUUUGAUUAUUGAGUCAAAGUAUUGAACAUUUGCUGGUUCCAGCUUUUGUUUUCUCUUUUGUGAGAGUAAACUAAAUAUAUAUUUGGAUCUGACAACAACAAUCAAUUGGGAGACAUUUUUCACUAUUUUUGGAGAUUUUACAGAUCAAUUGAUAAUAGGAAUUGUAAGAGGAAAUGCUGAAAAAAUCUAGAAUUCUUUGUCUUUGAAUGUUGGAAAAAAUGUUUUGGUGCUGCAAUGGGAACAAAUGUAUUUUGUUUUGUGAAAUGUCUCUUGGAGGUUUGGUCUUGUGCUCAGAGCCUGGUGUUAGUGUUGGAGUGAGUGUUUGGUUAAUUGACCUUUGUUCUUUUGUCUUAUUUUAGUCUCAAAGAAACUGUAAAUCCGUUGGACUGAUAUAAAUCCAUCGGCAGCAAUUGAGAGAUCAUUCUGUAAGUGUGCCCUAUCUGCUGAGUUGUGUGUGUGUGUGUGUGUUGGUAUUUAUUUUUAAGAAUGUGUUUUAUUUAUUUUUGGGCAGUAUUACACCCAUUUACACCAUGGAUACAAACUGUAAAAUGCUGUAUAUGAAUCAAAUAAAGCAAUUUUAGUUUUCCUACAUA